AACGUGCACCCUCUCUUUCUCUCAUCCAUGGCCUUUUCACGUCUCUUUUUUCAUCUUCUUCUCUCUCUUCUAGCCUCAGGUUCGGCUUAUGGUCGAACUGGGCCAAAAUUUCUGGACCCUGUCGUCCUGGCCCAGCAAGAAGCAGAUCGAGUCGUUGAAUUGCCGGGGCAGCCACAGGUGAAAUUCCGACAGUAUGCGGGGUAUGUGACGGUGGACGAGAGCCAUGGAAAGGCAUUGUUCUAUUGGUUUUUUGAAGCGACUCAUAAACCUCAAGAGAAACCUCUCCUUCUUUGGCUCAAUGGAGGACCCGGUUGUUCUUCCAUCGGGUAUGGAGAGGCAGAGGAGCUAGGGCCUUUCUUGGUACAAAAGGGAGUACCGGAGCUCAAAUUCAAUCAGUACUCUUGGAACAAAGAGGCCAAUUUGCUAUUUGUGGAAUCACCCAUUGGAGUAGGAUUUUCCUAUUCUAAUACAAGCUCUGAUUUAAAUGAACUUGGAGAUGCCAGCACAGCUAAGGAUGCAUAUGCGUUCCUUGUCAACUGGUUCCGAAGGUUCCCUCAGUACAAAUCCCAUGACUUUUACAUUGCUGGAGAAAGCUAUGCAGGGCAUUAUGUUCCGCAGCUCUCUGAGCGCAUCUUUGAUGAGAAUAAGAAGGUUUCCAAAGAGAAAUAUAUAAACUUCAAGGGCUUUAUCAUUGGGAACGCACUGAUGGAUGACGAGACGGACCAGGAUGGGAUGAUCGACUAUGCUUGGGAUCAUGCCGUCCUCUCCGAUGAAACGUACCACACCAUUAAGAAAUAUUGUAACUUCAGUAAGAGCUCCGACGAGCAACUACCCGAAUGCACGGAAGCCGUCAACACAUACUAUUCUGUUUAUGACAUCAUCGACAUGUACAGCUUGUAUUCUCCCAUCUGUGUGGACCCCAACGCGGCCACGUCAAGACGGUUGCGGAAGAUUGAAGGCAUUGCACCGAAAGUAGUUGCGAAGUCUGAUGGCUGGCAUAGGAAGCCGGCAGGCUAUGAUCCAUGCGUUGAUUAUCAUGUCGAAGCAUACUUCAAUCGGCGCGACGUGCAAGAAGCUUUACAUGCUAAUGUAACGAAGAUCCCUUAUGCUUGGACUCUUUGCAGCGACGCCAUCGAAAAUUGGAACGAUGCACCUGCGUCAGUCCUUCCGGUUAUCAGAAAACUCAUAGCUGGCGGCAUUCGGGUUUGGGUUUUCAGUGGAGAUACUGAUGGAAGAAUUCCGGUAACUGCAACAAGAUACACAUUGAACAAACUUGGAUUGAACAUCACUGAGGAUUGGAAUGCAUGGUACAACCAUCAGGAGGUUGGCGGAUUUACAAUAGUUUACGACGGAUUGGCAUUUGUCACCUUGAGGGGAGCGGGCCACCAAGUUCCAACAUUCGUUCCAAAGCGCGCACGCCAGCUUAUUAAGCAUUUCUUAGCCAAUAAGCAGCUGCCAAAGUCUCCAUUUUGAUUAUUUGAUUUAGGGGCCUGUUUGGGUUGCCACAUGAAAAUGAGUUCAUCCCAUAUUAUUUAAUCAUAAUUAUGUAUUAGAGAUCAUUUUUUUGGUAUGAAUUAAAAAAUAUAAACAACAUUUUAUAGAAAUUGUGAUCUUUAAUACAUAAUUGAUUCAUUAAAAUGACAUGAACUCAUUAUAUAGUGGCAGCCAAACAGGCGCUUAGGUUUUAUAAUUUAUUUAUGUUUUAAAAAUUAUAUUUACUUGUUUUUAUGUUUUUAUUUUUUAGUUUUUCAAUAUAGUUAUUCUAUUUUUAGUUGAAA